AUGAUAAUCUCACCCAGUGGAGGCGGCGAUUUGGCCGUUGAGAACAUCAAUGUCGACGGAGCCAUCGCUUCGGUAUACGUUAGAUUUCUUCUGAAGAGGGAUCGUGACGCGCGGUUGUUGCGCAAGUGGGGAGGCAGAGGCCAAAAGAGGGACAAUAGCAAGGAUCGUGGCGAGAGAGAAAUGCAUCUUGUUCAAAGCAAGGCUGAGCUAGUUAACCGUCGCGAUCGCUUUAACAGCAAAGCAGAAAAGGAGGGGAGAGGAGCUGCGGCGGUCGUUACUUGUUUGGGUGAGCAGGAUUAUCUUGCAUACGUUAGCGCAUGGUCACGGCCGGUAGUGUCCUCAACGUUCCACAUGCAUUGUGCCGUAUAG